CUGACGCAAGCGAGCGAGCGAGCGAGCGGAGCGGCGCGGGGUGAAUGGAGCGCUGGAGGACACAUUAAAUAUUACAUAGGAUUAGGGUAAGACAGACCCUUGUUGCCUUGAAAAUGGCUCAGUUUGGAGGACAGAAGAAUCCCCCAUGGACCACACAGUUUUCAGCUUCGGUUACACAGCCAGCUACGAUUGGGGUUCAGCCCUCUCUGCUUGGGGCAUCGCCGGCAAUGUACAGCCAGCAGUCAGCCCUGGCCGCAGCAGGCCUGAGCAGCCAAACGGCCACUGGCUACCAGCUGUCCCAGAAUGCUGCCCUCCAGCAACAGGCAGCUGCUGCCGCCGCCAUGCAGCAGCAAUAUCAGCAGCCGCAACAGACCCUAUACAGUGUGCAGCAGCAGCUACAGCAGCCGCAGCAGGCCUUGCUUCCUCAGCCAGCCGUGGCUCUUCCCACAAGCAUGAACGCCCCCCAGCCCGCUGCACAGAUCACAGUCUCCUACCCUGCACCACGGAGCUCCCAGCAGCAAGCACAGCCACAGAAACAGCGCGUCUUCACGGGAGUUGUAACAAAGCUUCACGACACGUUUGGGUUUGUGGACGAGGAUGUAUUCUUCCAGCUCAGUGCUGUGAAAGGCAAAGCCCCGCAGGUGGGAGACCGGGUAUUGGUGGAGGCCACCUACAAUCCUAACAUGCCCUUCAAGUGGAAUGCACAGCGGAUUCAGACGCUACCAAAUCAGAGCCAGAGCCAGCCACUUUUCAAGACGCCUCCAACUAUUCUCCAACCUCUUCCACAGCAAUCUCCUUAUUGUGUGCAGCCGCAGCCCCAGGGGCUCUUACAGGCACCAAUCUCGUCCCCGCUCGCUCCGUUAAUGCCAGCACAGCCACAACCGUUACUGCAGCCUCCACAGCAGAAACCCGGUUUAUUGCAGCCUCCGGUUCGAGUGCUCCCCCAGCCCCAGUCCGUGCGGAGGAUUGAGCCACCGGCCAGAUUCCUGCCCAGGAACGAGAGGGUGGAUAUCGUGUUAAAUAGGAAAGAUGAUCGGAGUCGUGAGAGAGAUCGGGAUCGCAGACGGUCCCGAGAGAGGUCACCACAACGUAAGCGAUCCCGGGAACGUUCACCCCGGAGGGACAGAGAACGAUCGCCGCGGAGAGCGAGACGCGCUGUUCCUCGCUACACUGUGCAGUUCUCCAAGUUUUCACUGGAUUGUGGAUCCUGUGACAUGAUGGAGCUACGCCGUCGAUACCAGAACCUUUACAUCCCAAGUGAUUUCUUUGACACCCAGUUCACGUGGGUGGAUGCAUUUCCUCUCUCGAGGCCUUUCCAGCUUGGGAACCAAUGCAGUUUUCAUAUCGUGCACAAAGAGGUAGAUCCUCUGGAUAAGAUUCCAAUAGCGCUUGAUCCCCCGGAUGCAGAUCAUCUGUACAGUGCAAAGGUCAUGCUCUUGGCAAGCCCCGGGAUGGAUGAGCUCUUCCACAAGUCAUGCGCUCUAGCUGAGGACACCCAGGAGAUUCGGGAAGGCUUCCAGCAUCCUGCACGUCUCGUUAAGUUCUUGGUUGGAAUGAAAGGCAAAGACGAAGCUAUGGCCAUCGGAGGACACUGGUCUCCCUCGCUGGACGGCCUGAACCCAGAACAGGAGCCCUCGGUGCUGAUCAGGACCGCUAUUCGCUGUUGUAAGACCCUGACAGGCAUUGACUUGAGUGGUUGCACACAGUGGUACCGUUUUGCAGAGAUCCGCUACCAUCGCCCUGAGGAGCACCACAAGGGGCGGACGGUUCCAGCCCAUGUGGAGACAGUGGUUAUAUUUCUGCCGGAUGUUUGGCAUUGCCUUCCCACCCGCUCAGAGUGGGAAGCUCUCUCCCGCGGAUACAAGCAGCAGUUGGUUGAGAAGCUCCAGUCUGAACGCAAGGAGGCUGAUGGAGAACAGGAGGAGGAAGAGAAGGACGAUGGGGAGAGCAAAGAGAUCUCCACUCCCACUCACUGGUCAAAGCUGGAUCCAAAGACAAUGAAAGUCAAUGAUCUUCGGAAGGAACUGGAGAGCAGAAAUCAGAGCUCGAAGGGGCUGAAAUCCCAGCUGAUCGCCAGGCUGACCAAGCAAGUCAAGCUGGAAGCAGAGAAAGAAGAACAGAAGGAGUCAGAGAAAUCCGAGCGCGAGGACGAGGAGGAGGAAGAUAAACGGUCUGAUGAUGACAAAGAGGAAGAGGAGCGAAAGCGCCAGGACGAAGCUGAGCGGCAGCGCCGCGAGAGACGCUAUGUGCUGCCUGAUGAGCCCGCCAUCAUUGUACAUCCCAACUGGACGGCCAAAGGGGGCAAGUUCGACUGCAGCAUCAUGUCGCUGAGUGUUCUCCUCGACUAUCGACUGGAGGACAAUAAGGAGCAUUCCUUUGAGGUCUCCUUGUUUGCUGAGCUCUUCAAUGAAAUGCUCCAAAGGGACUUUGGCUAUCGAAUCUACAAAGCCCUGAAUUCUCUGCCUGAGAGGGACGACAAAAAGGAGAAGGAGAAAAAAGAGCGGAAGGAAGAGAAGAAGGAAGGUGAGAAGAAAGAGAAAAAAGAGGAGAAAGAUGAAGAGAACAACGAGCCCAAGGCCAAGCGGAGAAAAUCGGGAGAUGAGAAAGAUAAAAAAGAAGAAAAAGAUGGUCGUAAGGAGAAAGAUAAGGAGGAGAAAACUGUACGGAAAAGAGAAGAGAAGGAUGAGGAGGAGCCUGAGGAUGGCACCGCUCAGGAAGAUUAUGACCCCAUGGACGCGGAAGAUGCUGAAGAUGAGGAUGAAGAGGAUCGAGAUGACGACGAGAACAGUAGAGACCGAAAGGAUGAUCGACGAGAGGCGAAGAGGAAACCCAAGGAACAGGCUUCCAAAGACAAGGAAAAGAAGCAGAUGUUUACAAAUAACAAGGAUCUCCUUCUCGCCUUUGUAUAUUUUGACCAAAGUCACUGUGGGUAUCUGGUGGAGAAAGAUAUUGAAGAAAUUAUCUACACACUUGGUCUGCACCUGUCUCGUGCACAGGUUAAGAAGGUAAUCGGUAAAGUGGUGCUGAGAGACUCCUGUUUCUAUCGCAAACUGACUGACGGAGCUAACGAUGAGGAGAAAGUGGCAGAGGCUGACGAGGAAGAGGACACCUCACUAGGGAACAAGCCCUUUCUGCCGUGCUUAUCUGUGAAAACAGGCGGCAGCGAACCUCCAGAGAACAGCAGCCUCUUUGUGUACAACGGGGCGAUGGUGGAUGUGGGGAGCUUACUGCAAAAACUUGAGAAGAGCGAGAAGAGCAGAGCGGAAAUGGAGCUGAAGGUGCAGACGCUGGAGACGAGGAUGGAGGAAGGAACGAAGCAGAUCACUGAUCUGGAGAGCAUCAGCAAGAGUCUCUCGUCAGAGCUGAAAGAGACGAAGAAGCACGUGAGCCGCACUGAGGAGAGCUUUAAACUGUGUGAGGGCCUGAAGGGCCGCUUCCAGGGUCAACUGACCAGUAUCACCAGGACCUUGUCUUCCGUCAUGGAUGAAAUUCAGACUGUGCUCAAACAGCCCCAAGUCUCAGACGACGACAAAAACGCGAAGGAAAAUGGAACAAGUGCAUGAGUGGGUUGUGGCUGCCCCCAGCAACGGGCGGUCUGAUAAUGUCAUUGAAGUAUUUUAAGGAAUUAUAGCUGAUGAAAGUGCUGCAUGUCAUGGAUUUUUGUAGUUGAGGAAAUGUUUGUAGAGGAAAAAGAUGUAUAAAGUUUCGAGUGAUUGUGAACUGUUAAAAUUAGAGAUGUGCGUUACGGUGUCUGGACGCAGUCACUCCAGUCAGGAGACUUCCCAUUGCAAAAUGUUUUUGAGGAACUGUACCUUUUUAUGCUAAUAAAGUGCGACAACUUGGAAAUAAA